GGGUUGAUACAAAAUUGAAAUUCACUCUUGAACCAUCUUUAGGUCAAAAUGGUUUUCAGCAGUGGCAUGAUGCGCUCAAAGCAGUGGCCAGGUUGCCGACAGGCAUACCGAAAGAAUGGCGGAGAAAGGUUUGGCUGACCCUAGCUGAUCAGUACUUACACAGUAUAGCCAUUGACUGGGAUAAAACCAUGCGUUUCACAUUCAAUGAAAGAAGUAAUCCUGAUGAUGACUCUAUGGGCAUCCAGAUAGUAAAGGACCUUCACCGAACUGGUUGCAGUUCUUACUGUGGCCAGGAGGCAGAGCAAGAUCGAGUGGUAUUAAAACGCGUUUUGCUGGCUUACGCCAGGUGGAAUAAAUCUGUUGGCUAUUGUCAAGGAUUUAACAUACUAGCUGCACUUAUUCUGGAAGUAAUGGAGGGCAAUGAAGGGGAUGCCCUGAAAAUCAUGAUUUACCUAAUUGAUAAGGUGCUUCCUGAUAGCUAUUUUGUCAAUAAUCUCCGCGCUCUCUCUGUGGAUAUGGCUGUUUUCCGAGAUCUUUUACGAAUGAAGCUUCCUGAACUGUCCCAGCACUUGGAUACCCUGCAAAGAGCGGCUAACAGAGAAAGUGGAGGAGGCUACGAACCCCCACUUACAAAUGUCUUCACAAUGCAGUGGUUUCUGACCCUCUUUGCCACUUGCCUGCCUAACCAUACAGUUCUGAAGAUCUGGGAUUCAGUAUUCUUUGAAGGCUCUGAAAUCAUACUGAGAGUAGCUUUGGCUAUCUGGGCAAAGUUAGGAGAGCAAAUAGAGUGUUGUGAAACUGCAGAUGAGUUUUACAGUACCAUGGGCAAGCUGACCCAGGAGAUGCUGGAAGACAGUCUGAUUGACAGCAAUGAACUCAUGCAGACUGUUUAUACCAUGGCUCAGUUUCCCUUCCCACAACUGGCAGAAUUAAGGGAGAAAUACACGUACAACAUUACUCCUUUCCCUGCAGCAGUAAAAUCAACUUCACUUUCAGGAAGGCUAGGCAGAAUCAGAGACAGUGACGAGGAGAAUGACCUAGAUGAUGAAGACUCAAUUGCCAAUGCAAUUGGCUGUCUUGGACCAUUAAGUGGGUUUUUGGCACCAGAGCUCCAAAAAUACCAGAAACAGAUGAAAGAUCAGAAUGAAGAACAGAGGCUGGGUUCCAGUAACAUUGCAGAAUUAAGUCCAGGAGCAAUAGAUUCUUGCCGAAGCGAGUAUCAUGCUGCUUUUAACAGCAUGAUGAUGGAGCGUAUGACCACUGAUAUUAAUGCACUGAAAAAGCAAUAUUCCAGGAUAAAGAAGAAGCAGCAACAGCAGGUUCACCAUGUGUAUAUCAGAGCAGACAAAGGGCCAGUUACCAGCCUCCUCCCUUCUCAGGUAAACCAUUCCCCAGUGAUAAACCAUCUCCUUUUAGGAAAGAAGAUGAAAUUGAAUAACAGGUCUCUCAAAAAUGCUGUUAUUCACAUCCCAAGUCACGCUACAGGGAAGAUGUCUCCCAUUCCCCAAGAAGAUCUUAAAACAAAACUGAACUCUCCGUGGCGCACUCACAUACGAGUUCAUCGAAAGAAUAUUGCUAGGGCCAAAGGCCAGCUGGGGUACGGGGAUACCAUAGGACUUAUCGAUGAGCAGAGCGAGAACUGUAAAACAAAUAGUCCUGGUGCAAAGGAGGAGACUUCCAAACAUUCUGAGUUUGGAGAAGGAGAAGGAGGUGGUUUGGAUGACAGGACUACUCAAAAAGCUGACCGGCAGUCAUCUGAGCCAGGCUCUGCGGACAGCAGUACAAACUUAUCAGUGGUUCAGCUAAAACUGGAAGCCCUGGAACUCACCUCAGAUAACAAAACAGAUGCUGAGUCAACAUCCCAUCACUCUGGCCAGCCACAUUUAUCAGAGUCCUCCAGCUCAUCCAGCGACAGCGGAAACCCGGCUAAAUCUCCCCAGCCUGGGAACCCAAAGCCGCAAGUCUUCAAUCCUUUUCCCAGUGUUAAGCCUCUUCGAAAGUCAGCUACAGCCAGGAAUUUAGGGCUGUAUGGCCCCACUGAAAGAACACCAACUGUACACUUCCCACAAAUGAGCAAAAGUUUCAAUAAGUCUGCCAGUGGCAACAGUGGGACCAGGAAACGAUGAUGUACUACCUGGCACUUUCUAUUUCUGACAGCAA